UGGCCACUGUGUUCAGGACCAAAUUGGCUUCUGCGUCCUUUUAGCUUGAUGGCCCCAUAAAAGGAUAAUAAAUCUUCAAACCAAGAAAUGGGUGCACACUUAUGGUAACGUUCGCCCCAGAAAUUCUGAAAUUUCUUCACUGAAAAGAUGCAUUCGGUACUGGAAGGGCGAUUGCAGAGGACGCUAGGACCCAGCAGGCGGCGGCAGGCGGCAGUGUGUGGAUUGCAGGGAGACUCGGAGGGUCCGGCUCAGUUUUAAUUCUGCUCUAAUCUGUGCAACAGCCGAGCUUCCCAGGUCCGCGGCUCCAGCUCCCGCUCAGUCGCUGCCACUGCCGGGCGAGCAUCUGAGCCGCCUCCACCCCGUCACCCACCAUGGACAACCUCCAAGAAAAAGUGGCUCCGGACGCGCUUGCCUGAGAAUUCUGCACAAAAGAGGAGCCCAAAAUGAAGCCCCUGAUGCGCCAUGGUCUGGCAGUGUGUUUGGUGCUCACUACCAUGUGCACCAGCUUGUUGCUCGUGUACAGCAGCCUCGGCAGCCAGAAGGAGCGGCCCCCGCAGCAGCAGCAGCAGCAGCAGCAGGCGAUCGCGACCGGCAGCGCGCAGCGGGUGGAGGGCAGUCCUCAGCCACGGAGAACGGCCCCCGCCGGACCCCGGCAGCUAGACGGAUACCUCGGUGUAGCAGACCACAAGCCCUUGAAAAUGCAUUGCAAGGACUGCGCCCUGGUGACCAGCUCAGGGCAUCUGUUGCGCAGUAAGCAGGGCCCCCACAUUGACCAGACAGAGUGUGUCAUCCGCAUGAAUGACGCCCCCACCCGAGGCUAUGGGCAUGAUGUGGGCAACCGCACAAGCCUGCGGGUCAUCGCCCAUUCCAGCAUCCAGAGGAUCCUCCGCAACCGCCAUGACCUGCUCAACGUGAGCCAGGGCACCGUGUUCAUCUUCUGGGGUCCGAGCAGCUACAUGCGGCGGGAUGGCAAGGGCCAGGUGUACAACAACCUGCAGCUCCUCAACCAGGUGCUGCCUCGGCUGAAGGCCUUCAUGAUCACGCGCCACAAGAUGCUGCAGUUUGAUGAGCUCUUCAAGCAGGAGACGGGCAAAGACAGGAAGAUCUCCAACACGUGGCUGAGCACUGGCUGGUUCACCAUGACAAUUGCUCUGGAGCUGUGUGACAAGAUCGAUGUUUAUGGCAUGGUGCCCCCAGACUUCUGCAGGGAUCCUAAGCACCCUUCUGUACCUUAUCAUUACUAUGAGCCUUCUGGACCAGAUGAAUGUACAAUGUACCUCUCUCACGAGCGAGGACGCAAGGGCAGUCACCACCGUUUCAUUACAGAGAAACGGGUGUUUAAGAACUGGGCACGGACAUUCAACAUUCGCUUUUUUCAGCCAGACUGGACACCGGAAUCGCCCACUGUGAACCACGCUGAAGAUAAGCCUGUAUUCUGAGCGGUGAAAGUGCCAGAUGCUGGGAUGCCGUGACCACACUGGCUGGCUGGAGAGGAAGGGACUCGAACUCUGGGCAGGGAAUGGUAACUGAUCGCGUGGCUGAGAACUGCGGCAGCCUUCAGAACCAUGAACAGAACCCAGAGGCCAGAGAACAUUCCAGAAUGUACACAUUCUCAUGAGUAUUGCGUCUUUGAAAGAAAAGCUGAACCACUGAUUCAGUGACACUGCCAUGGCUAGGAACGCUCCGGAUCCCUGGAGGUUUCGUCUUCGAAGCUGAAACAGGAGCAGCCCAACACUUUUAGUUGCAUUUCUUUACAGACAUCCACGUCAAAAGAAUUUUCUAUCAGGCUGUAACCUAACCUGACCUAUAAUCUUUGUCAUUUGUCAGACUCUGUGAUUUGUAAGAAGCCUGUGAGAAUAGACGUGUUUCUGAAGAGCACAUCUCCAAUGAUUUUCAUAAAGCAAAUGUCUGCUAUUUAUUUAUUGAGAGUUUUUUAGUGUACUCUAGGCAGUAUUUUUAUAGAUUAUGAUUAUGUGGCAAUUUAUUCUUCCUGACUCUUCAAUCCUGAAUGGUGGUUGGAAGGGCCUAGAACUGGGCUGACGCGCUCCUGCACUCACAGUGCUCAUCAUUAGCUUGAAAUCAGUAUUUGACGUGGAAAUGUGUGUGACAGUGUUUGAACUCCUCGGCUUCAGGCAAAUUGCUCCUUCAUAACAGAAACAGUUAUAACACUUUCUAAUGUACAUAAAUGUUCAAAAGAACAGAAUUGAAAACAAAAUAUCUGUGUCAUUAAAACAAAAAGAUGCUGAGAGAAAUUUAAAGAUACAGUAGUAGCUUUUUUUCAGUAGCAACUGAUGAUCCUAGUAAUUUCUCUUUAAGUUCCACUUUCCUCUUUAGAAUGGACCAGAAGACCCCCUAACCACCUUACAAUUCUAAGACUGUAAGAGCCUCUCGGAGGAUUAGACACCUGGAUUGACGGGGCCCUGACAGUAGCAGGAACCUUCGAGGCAGGGUGGACAUGUCCGGGGCCUCCGGGUAGAAAUCAUGCUUCCUCCUGGGUCUCACUUGUCUGACCUCUAUCCCUCACCUGUCUAAGAAAGUGAGAAGGAGGCGGUGCCAAGAGAGCCUUUUUUUGAACCUAGAACUGUUCUGACAGAGUGACUGCAAGUCUUGGUCAGAAGUUCUAUGAAGGGACCCGCACUUCGUUCAAAGCCUCCAUCACACAGCAGGACAGAUUUUCAUGCCGAAAAGUUAUAAAGACUACAGCAGACUCCUCUUUAUACACUGCCAAAGGAGCACUAGUGUCUGUAAUGACAGACUUGGAGGCAGCAGCUUAUGUUGUGAGGGAACAGGCAUUGCUCUACAAACUGGACAGGACUUGUGACUAAAGCUGUCUCACACCAUCAGUUCUUUCCCCUCUUUUUAAUUAGUGCUAAUAUCUCAUCCUAUUUCAUUAAGCAGAACUAUUACUUAUGCACAGUACCAUUAUGAAGAUGCAAAUACAGUCCAGGUAUUGGUCAGCAAAAACAAAGUAGUACUGGUUUGAGUUAUUAAAAGUCAGCAAAAAAAAAAAAAAAACAAAGAAAGAAAGAAAAGAAAUUGCUCUCUAAGACUUAGUGGAAUCCAUUCGUCAAGGAUCCUCUGAGUUUUUGUAGGAAAAUGAAUUUUAUCUGACCACAGCACAGCCACCAAGCGCAGGAAGAAGGGUGUGAAAUGCUCACAAUUGAUUGACAGGUCACCUUCAUAAUCCUUGAAGAGAUAAUUUGUUGAAAUGUACAUGUUCCUUUGACAAUUCCUAAAAUUAGGAGAUUUGGGAAAAACAUAGAUGUCAAGGUGGAACUCUGCCUCCUGACCUACUAUCCCAUGAAUCUAGUAUCUUUAGGUUUGUGUGUGUGUGUUGGGGGGUGUUUUUGGUUUUGUUUUUAAGGAAAAAAAAAAGCCCACAAAGAACAUCAAGCUCUUUUUAUUUUCCUCCUCUCAGAAGAAUAAAAAGUAACCAAGUGCCCAAGUUUUGUGUCCUUCACAGGAAAAUAUUUAAAUUCCCAUGCAGCUAUAAUGUGUGACUUCAUAUAUUUCUUUCAAAAGCAUGGUGUAGCUAAGUGUAAGCAAUUAGCUCUUGGGUCACAGUCUUGCUGCAGCAUUAGAGAAAAUGCUGAGAGCUCCAAUGGCUUGUGCUCAUGGACCUGGUUGUGGGCAAUUGAAUUCAUGUUUUACCACCAUCCCUUCACAACCGUCAGACUUAAUGCCAUUCAACACCAUUAAACAUAAACUCUGAUAUAAAAGACACAAAACCCUGCUGACAGACUUGGAUGAUUUCAGGAUAUUUGAAGCCUCAGUCAUACUUGGUAUGUUACACACCUUUUUCUUCUCUCCCCAGUGGAAUCAUCAGCCUCCUCCUAGCUUUUAAGACCACAAUAAUAUGAUGCCACAGCUGGCCGAUCCAUGGCUUCUGUUAUUUCAACACAAGAACAUUUGGCAGAGGCCAUUACAAUAGAUAGCCAUUAUGGGCAAAGAUACAGGAAUUCACAAACAAAAUCAAUCACUUCAAAUGGCCCAUAAAAAGAGGAAUCUCACAUUUAAUAUUCUACAGUAAAUAUUCACCCAAGAAAGCACACAUUAAAAGAACAUUAGGAGGUAAAUAUUCAGCAUGCUGCAUGGGGACUUGGCUGUGUGGCUCCCAUUCCCGUAAGCAGGCAUUAGGGAGCUAAGCCCCUGCUUUCUCACCCUGCUCUAUACACCUUAGGGGGAGGCGCAGAAACAGACUGCAUCAGGGACACAGAUCCUAAGAGCACAAGCCCAGGGCUUCGGAAAACCAAAUGAAAACAAACGGCAAAGUCCUGUACCUGAAGGGUAAGAUGUGGCCUCUUGGAAUCUCCAGGUCACUGCCAGAUUCCUGUUCCAAAGACAGGGCAAUCUGAACUACAUUAGACCGGGGACAGAGAGUCGCACAUCAAAAUAAACACUAUAUUUCAAAGAACUUUUAAAGGGUGAAUGAACGGUAGGAAGUGAAAGGAGAUGUAUAAACUGUUAGGAUGAAGAGAGUGCUGUGUAAGUGUCCAUGUGCCCAUGUUGUACCUCUCUAGAGGUUUUCCGUGGGUGGGUGGCCCUGGAUCCCCCCCCCUUGGGGAGUCCUACCCUGACAGAAGGUCUGAGGUUCAAUCCAGGUCUGAACGUCUCACACCAACUAGUCUUUUCCUCCAUCCUUCUGCUUCUCUCGAGCCCCCACGUCUUUGCCAUCCUCAGACCCUCCUGUCAUCAGUGUUCUGAAGGCCCAGUGUUGGGUUGGUCAGGUCUUCCGGGUGGGCUGUGAACUGGAGACCUGUCUAGAGGAUGGGUUUGGUGUGGAGCCUCCAGGAGCAGUGGUACAGUGGGCCCAAGGGUCUGUGGCUCUACUACAAGGUACUGGAGAUGUGACUCCUGGCCAGCGUAGACUGGUAUAAGCCCUAAACAUAGGGCCAUCUUGGACAAAGCAGAACAACACUACACUACAAUGCACAGCCUGAGGAGGUGGGGCCAGAGGAGAGUCACAAACUGUCUGGGUUUCGCACACACCUGAACAUAUGCUGAACUGGAAAGAGGAGAGACCGUCCAGAAGGCUUAGAACCGCAUGGGAGUAACUCCGUUACAGCCCAUUCCCCCACUUACUCAGGGUAUUGAAAUGUAAAUGCAAAAAAAAAAAAAGGCUGAGAUCCUGUUUUCUACUUGUGCCCAUAUGACAUGCUACCUUGGAUUGUCCUGUGUCUUUCUAUGUAUGUGUCUGUUAGACUAGGUUGUAAGCUCCUUGAGGGCAGGGGCUGUCUCUCUUUUGUCUUUGUAGCCCCCUACCUAGUACAGUGCCUUGCACACAAUAGGCGCUCAAUAAAUGUCUGUUGUUGAUGUUCACU